GGUCAUAAAAACAAGUCUCCAAACCCGAGCUAUUGAAGUUGGGCCGAACCUACAGGCUUAAGUCUAGACACCAGCAGUCAAGCCUUCAAGGUAGAUCCUUUGCCCAUUUGCCUCCUCCAUUUGUCAAAGUCGAAGGUUUCUGGGUUCGCAAACCUCCUUCAUCUUUCGCUCUCUCGGCUGCCGGCAGCCUGCCCAAGUCCCAACUGUCCGACACACUCUCUCUUUCUCCUUUGCUUCCAUUCCUUUUCCCCCUUUCCUCCAUAUUCCUUCCUCCCUACUAAACACAGUGUUAAGAUUCCAUGUCCGUUCUAAUAGUGACGAGCUUAGGCGAUAUUGUGGUGGAUUUGUACACAGACAAAUGUCCCUUGACCUGCAAAAACUUCUUGAAGCUUUGCAAGAUUAAGUAUUAUAAUGGGUGUCUGUUUCACACGGUUCAGAAGGAUUUUACUGCCCAAACAGGGGACCCGACUGGGACAGGCUCAGGUGGAGACUCCGUGUAUAAAUUCCUAUAUGGUGAUCAGGCUCGGUUUUUCAGUGAUGAGAUUCAUCUUGAUUUAAAGCAUUCCAAGACAGGCACUGUUGCAAUGGCUAGCGCUGGGGAGAAUCUUAAUGCUUCCCAGUUCUAUUUCACACUUCGUGAUGAUCUCGACUAUCUUGACGGGAAGCACACUGUCUUUGGGGAGGUUGCUGAAGGGAUUGAAACUUUGACAAGGAUUAAUGAAGCUUAUGUAGAUGAGAAGAACAGGCCAUAUAAAAACAUCCGAAUCAAACACACAUAUAUAUUAGAGGAUCCUUUUGAUGAUCCUUCCCAGUUGUCUGAGUUGAUUCCUGACGCUUCCCCUGAAGGAAAACCAAAGGAUGAGAUUGAUGAUGAUGUUCGGCUUGAAGAUGAUUGGGUUCCUAUGGACGAACAAUUAGGUGCUGCAGAGCUUGAGGAGGUUCUCCGUUCAAAGGAUGCCCAUUCAAGUGCAGUUGUACUUGAAACUAUUGGGGAUAUUCCUGAUGCUGAGAUUAAGCCUCCUGAGAAUGUUCUAUUUGUUUGUAAAUUGAAUCCAGUUACUGAAGAUGAGGACUUGCAUACCAUAUUUUCACGUUUUGGAACUGUAGUAUCGGCUGAGGUAAUCCGUGAUUAUAAGACUGGAGACAGCUUAUGCUAUGCUUUCAUUGAAUUUGAGACCACCGAGGCAUGUGAACAAGCGUAUUUCAAGAUGGAUAAUGCCUUGAUUGAUGAUAGAAGGAUACAUGUUGAUUUUAGUCAAAGUGUUGCAAAACUUUGGUCCCAAUACAGGCGCAAGGAUCAACAAAAGGGUAAAGGUUGUUUCAAAUGUGGUGCUCUUGAUCACAUUGCUAAGGAUUGUGCUGGGGGACCUGCCACCAAGCUGCAGCCUUCUAAAUACAUUUUAAAGGAUGAAAAUGUACAGCAUGGCGGUGACAAUAGCUCAAGGUAUGAGAUGGUAUUUGAUGGAGAUGCUCCAGAUAGUCCCAGACAAGCAAAAAGACAUCGACCCCAUGAUUUUGAUGCCAAUGAACGCAGUUACAAAAUGAACAGGAAUAGAUCUGAUGCUAUGGAGGGGAAAGACAUCAAUGAUAAGGAUAAGCAGAGAGACAGAAGUAGAGAUUACAGAGCGGAUGUCAGUCGAUCUGGUGGGAGGAGAGACGAAAAGCAUCUUAAAGACCGAACAGGUGUGGAAAGGCAUAAAGACAGACAAAGAGAGAGAGAUGAGCACAAUCACAGAAAGAAUAGUUCAGAUAUUCGUGGUAAUGACCAGAGAGAUGAUGCAGAUCACAGAAAGAAAUAUGCUGACAACAAUAGUCCUCCAAAUAGAAGACACGAUGAUCACAGAAAGAGGAGUGGUGAUGGUGAUAUCUAUGCAGACAAGAGGGUUGAAAGAGAUUAUUGGAAGAAAAAUGCAGAUAGCAAUAGACGAGACACAAAGAAUGAGUCUAGUCACAGAAAAAGUGGUGCAAAUGACCACGGCUAUAAAGAUAGGAGGGAAGAACGAACUGAUAGGCACCGUCGAACAGAAACUGAUGAUGAUCAUGAUAGAGAUAGAAGACACCGAGGUGAUAGGAAGAGAUAGAAUGAUGCAUGAUAUACCUUAUUUUCCUAAUGUAGAAAUGAAAGCAAAUUUCCUGGUUUAGAUAAAUGUACCAAACCAAGUAGGCUUGGUAUCAUUUGUGAGAAAGUGACCAAUCAAUUACCAUUUUCAUGUGAAUCAACUCAAACCUCUUGGGAUGUGAUCUGUGUUUGAAUGCUAAUGGCUUGAACUUGUGACAUUUGCCAAGGUGGCCUCUGACUGGUAUUAUAUCUUCAUUACCUUUUUAUUCUGCUACUCUUCGUUUUACAUUUAAAAACUGGGACUUAAGUCUGUAAAUUAGAGCCAGCAUUUGCCCUAAGUGAGCUCAAAAAAGUGAAAAAGAAAGACUGAAAAAAACAGUUGAAGACUCUCUUACCCAGUAAAACUCUGUUGGAGCAAAGGUUCAUUGUUCAAAAACCAUAGAUUCCUUCUUUACAGUUACCAAAGACAGAAAGAAAGUCUUUGAGAGAAAUAGAGAGGAAUUGUUGAAAGAGAGAAUGUGAUAGAGUUGGUUCUAAAAUAACAAAAUUAGUUUGUCUAUUUCUUUAAAAAAAAAAGAAAAAG